AUGGCGGCGGUACCCGCGCGCGCGCGCGAAUGCUUGCGCACGCCGGCCGCCUUGGCGGAGAGUGGCUUGCUAUGGGAUGCGCCUGCGCUGUCGAUCGCGUGGACGUGGCCCGUGGGCCAGGGGCCGCUCCACGACGAGGGCGACGCACGCCUCGACGCGGCGCCGGCCCUCCCGGCGUGGGCCCAGGACGCGCUGCGCGCCAAGCCGGCGGCGGAGGCGUGCUUUGCGCCGGGCACGCUGCAGUGGCACGUGUGCGAGCAGCGCGAUGACCUGGCGAUCGGUGGGCCGUGGGGCCCGAUCGAUGAGGCGCCCCGCGUCGGGCCUCUCCUGUACACGGACGACGCCGAGGCGGGCCGGCGCCACACGGAUAUCGUGCGCCAGCACGCCUGGAUCACGUCGACGCAGGAGGCAGCGCUGCCUGCCUCGUUUUGGCACGAUUUCCGCACGGCACGCGCCCAGGCGCCCGGGCCAGGUCAGACGCCGACGUCCGAGGUCGUGCGUGCUGUGCAUGUCCUAGCUCGGCUGCUGGGCAAUGCGCUGGCCGGUCUAGACCGCCCGGUGCCGCUGGAUGGCAAGGCGUUCUCCCAGCAGCUGCGGUGGGACGUGCCGCUGCAGCGGCUCUUCGAGGCGCUCGAGUGGCGCGUCGCGCCGCUCGACGAGGCGCGCGCGGCCCUCUAUGCGCCCGACCUGACCGCGAACGACGCGCUGCGCACACGCACAGCGCGAAUGUGGCUCGAGCUCGCCAUGCUGUGUGUGCACGAGGGGGGCACGCCGCCGCCCCUGCCGGACGCGGCGCCCGCGGCGCUCGCGUGGCACAUCCAGCGCGCAUCGCCCUUUGGGCCCGUCGUGCCGCCGCCGGACGUGCGUGUGCACCGCGCAUGUGCGCACCUCGGCCUCGGCACACGCGAACUGGACGCGGAGCGCGCAGAGGAGCUGUACCGCUGGCAAGUGGCGUGCUUUCCCCAGCAGCGCCGCUCGGCCUUUUACGCAUUGGAGCGGCUGCAGGCCACGCUGCAUCUCGGCGAGCCCGUCACGACGUGCCUGGCGCUCGAGCAGAGCCAGGGUCUGUGUGCGUGGUCCGAUGUGGUCCAGGCCCACGAGCGCCUCGGCCUGGGCGUGCCGGCCGAGGCCCCUGGGCUCUGGGACGACGAGCCAGCGGCGCCGGCGUCCGAGGCGGUCCUUGGCGCAUACGAGUCAGCGGUGCAGGGCGUGCUGCGUCACGGCACGGACGCCGAGUACGCGUCGGCGCAGCACGCCCUGCGUACGCUGGCACAGGCGUACGCCCAGCCCGCGUGGGCCGCGCGUGCCGACGCGAAUCCGUUUGACCCGAUCGACCGCGCCUACGAGCUCCUGCAAGUGAGCGACGCGAUUGACGACGGCCUCAUCGUUGUGGGGUACGAGGUGUACGCCUCGGAGACGACGACGCGCGGGCAUCUGCUGCGUCUCGCGCUCGAGGCUCUCGCCGAGGCGCGGGACAGCACGUACCUGCGCCGCUUCUUGCGGGGCGAUCAUCCUGUGCCCUCCGACGCCACGCUGCCGCGCGGUCUCGAGAACAUUGGGAAUACGUGCUACCUCAACUCCCUGCUGCAGUACGUGUGUUGGAUCGCGCCGAUCCGCGAUAUGGUGCAGGCACUGGCCGAUACAGCGGUGCCGCGCACGCCGCAGCCGUGCGUAGGCGGCCGCCAGGUGACGGAGGCGGAGCAGGAGCGCGCCGAUGCAUGGAUCACGCAGCUCCGUGCGCUGCUGCACGAUAUGGCCACGAGCGAGGCGCCGGCGCUCACGCCGACCAAGGAGCUGGCGUAUCUUGCGCUCGUGCCGCUCGCGUGGGAAGAGGCGCAGGGCGGCGGCGCCGUCGCGCAUGACGCGCUCCUAAGCCAGGUGAGCACGCAGCAGGAUGUGUGUGAGUGCCUCGACAAUAUGCUUUUCCUCCUCGAGGUGGCGUGGGCCAGCCAUGUGGCGGCGGCGCCGCCGACGGACUUGGCCCGCCUAUGCACGGGCAUCUCGACACAGACGCUCGUUACGCAGCCGGAGGGCCGCGUGCAGACCAAAGAGGAGGCGUUCAAGAGUGUGCCUGUGACGCUGCUGCCCGAGUCGCACGAUUUGUACGAUGCGCUCGACACGUUCUUUGACGAGGCGCACGUGGAGACGAGCGACGGACGCGUCCAGCGCACGAUUUCGCUCACCGAGGCGCCGCCCCUGCUGCAGAUCCAUGUGCAGCGCGUGCAGUACGACCGAGAGAGACAGCGUGUCGUCAAAAACCAGGCGCCUCUGGCGCUCCCGGAUACCCUGUAUGUGGAUCGCUACAUGACAAGUGACGCGCCUGCGCGUGUGGCGCUGCGAGCCGCGACGCACGCGCGGCGCCAGCGCGCGGUGCAGCUGCGUGAGCAGGUGAGCGCGCUCGAUAGCGUCGCGCCGGCGCUGGAGCAGCUGCGUGCGGCGCUGCCGCACGUGGCCGGCGCGGACGAGACACUCCGGGCGCUUGUGAGUGAGCACGAUCCCAGCGAGCUGGCCGCCGAGGCGCAGCGCGUGCGGGGCGAGGCGCAGGCGCUGCGCGCGCAAAUCUCUGAGCUGCGCGAGGCCAACCAUGCGGCGUGGCAGCACGAGCAGUCUAUGGCGUACGAACUAGCUAGUGUGUUUAUGCACCGGGGCGAGGCGACACACGGGCACUACUUCCUGAACCAGCGCGACUUUGAGCGGAACGAAUGGAUCUCGUUCAACGAUGCGCGUGUGACACGCAUCUCCCAGGACGAGGCGGUGCAUGAUCCCACGGGCGCUACAUCGUACUUGGUCGUAUACGUGCGGCGCGACGUACACGCGCUGCUAGGCAAGCCCCGCACGACUUAG